AUGAGCACCGAAGCACCAGCCGCAACAGAUCCGUUUUUAGAACUGGUGAAUGCCAUCAAGGCGGCGUUAACUCCCACUCCGACACCGCCGCCUGCCUCAGGAUCUCCCAUGGCUGUACCCGCGAAAUUUGCGGGUGAGGUGACUGAGUGUAGCGGUUUUCUUCUACAAGUCAAUCUCUACAUCCAGAUGCAACCACAACAGUUCCCCUCUGAGAAAUCGAAGGUAGCCUUCCUCACAUCCCUCCUCACUGGUAAAGCUCUACAGUGGGCCAAGGCUAUUUGGAAUGCUAACAAUCCCAUUAUAAACUCCUACGAACUGUUUACUAAUCAUUUCUCCGAGGUAUUUAGCACAGCUACCGGUACACUCUCCACGUCAGAUCAACUCUUCCGCUUACGUCAAGGGUCAACCGAUGUCAACGAAUACACGCUGCACUUCUGCACGCUGGUGCCGGCUAGCGGUUGGAAUGAGGUAGCCUUGCUGGGGGCCUACCGGCAGGGUCUUAACCCGGAAAUUCGUGCAGCGAUAGCCAUAUACGACGACAGCAUCGGUCUGGAAUCCUUUUUACAACGUACCACCCGUGUUGCUCAGCAGCUAGCCGCCUGCCAGCCAACGGUAACCGCUCCUCUGUCCGCCUCGGUGGUUGCUAGCUCCCCAGUACCGGAACCAAUGCAAGUUGACUCCACACGGCUCUCACGCUCCGAACGGAAUCGCCGAAUGUCUCAAGGAUUAUGCUUAUACUGUGGUCAGCCAGGACAUCUUCUCCGCAACUGCCCCAUCAGGCCCCCACGUCCGGUGGUGAGUACUAUCCUAUCGGAUAUUGAAACAGCUAAACUCACUUUGUUAUCUGCAACCCUGCAUACUUCUAAUUGUUCUCUCCCUGUAUCUGCCUUGAUCGAUUCAGGCUCCUCCGGCAACUUCAUCUCCACGAAAUGCUUAAAGAAACUUCAUCUACCACGCCAUCGUCAUCACCAGAUUUACUCUGUAACAACGAUUCAAGGAAAACCACUUGGGCGUGGGGUAGUACGUUAUUCAUCUCCAUUCAUCACUCUGCAAAUUGGAUUAUUUCAUCACGAGGAUUUAAGGUUUCUGGUACUGGAGGAUGCCACCGUCGAUAUCAUCCUGGGACGUCCCUGGUUACAGGUACAUCAGCCAGAGAUCCGCUGGGAUCCAUGCGACAUCAUCCACUGGAGCCUGAAGUGUUCUACCCAAUGUAUGUCUCUUCUACCUCAUCCACGCAGUAUCCACACCACUGUUGCCUCUACCCAGAUUGAAAGCCCAGAACCGGUCAUUAUGCCAGAGAUCCCAGCGGAAUACAGGACGUACCAGGAUGUUUUCAGCAAGCUAGCAGCCACCCAAUUACCACCGCAUCGGCCAUGGGACUGCGCCAUCGACUUGCUGCCUGGAGCUCAACUACCUAGAGGAAGGAUCUACCCCCUGUCCAUCCCGGAGUGCCAGGCGAUGGAGAAUUACAUCACAGAGGCCCUAAACCAAGGAUUCAUCCGCCCAUCUACGUCACCGGCCGCUUUGAGCUUCUUCUUCGUGGGUAAGAAGGAUGGAGGUCUACGUCCGUGCAUUGACUACAGACAGCUGAAUUCUCAAAUUGUACAACAACCUUAUCCGCUCCCCCUGGUUCCUGCCGCCCUCGAAGAGCUUCGUGGAUCCCAGGUGUUCACGAAGCUGGACCUGCGGAGUGCCUACAACCUCGUUCGUAUCCGUGAGGGAGACGAGUGGAAGACCGCCUUUAUAACACCUACCGGGCACUACGAAUAUCAGGUUAUGCCGUACGGCUUAUCGGUCAGUCCCUCUGUCUUCCAAACGUUUAUGAACGAGGUGUUCCUGAGUUUCUCCAUCGGUUCGUGGUGGUCUACAUUGACGACAUCCUGA